AUGUGGGAUUCUAACAUCAAGCCGAACCUGGCAAAAUCUUCUUCGUUUGGGAAGCACCCGCUCAAUUUCGCCAAAAACCUGUCAGCAGUUAAUUCAGGAAAUUUUUAUGAAAGGAAUGAGGGAAGGGGUGCCCUUCAAAGCCUGCUCAGAGAGAUCGAAAAGAAUCAACCAUUGAAACGUGGGGAAGAAGGAGAUGAUAGCGAAAAAAGAUGUGAUGCUGAACUUGAAAUUACUGUAGACUGCCUGGAUAUUGUAGACAAUGAUGAAUUUUUUGAAUGUGCGAUUGAGGAGGCCAAAAGCGUAGAACAAGAAUUUGCAGACAUUUUCAAAGCUCAGACUGGCGAAGAGCUCUUCAGAGAAGAGGAGAUGGAUGUUGUUUGGGAAAUCCGAAAAAGUCGCCUGGUUUCCUUCGAGAUAAAGGAGUUUACAGAAGUAGCCUUGGAUGAGAUUGGCAAAUACCGAUUCUUAGGUUUGCUAUUUAAUUUUUAUCUUCUUUCAAUGAAUGAUUUGGAUACAUAAAUCA